UCACUCAGCCUACGUCACGGCAUCAGGGGUUGUGGCUCCGGUGACUGCCCCCCUCGGCCCUGAUCGAGAAGGGAGCGAGUGGUGAAAAAAAAAAGAAAAAAAAAAACACGGCGCCUAGAAUGACAUAGAAGAGGCUCAGGCGCGAGAGACUGGAACUGAGAGAGAACUGCGCUCGCGAGGAUCACGACCACCAUCAUCUGACCAACACAACGGCGAAAAAUGCUCAUUAAAGAAUAUCGAGUGAUCCUACCCAUUUCUGUGGAGGAGUACCAGGUCGGUCAGCUGUACUCAGUAGCAGAGGCCAGCAAGAAUGAGACAGGAGGAGGAGAGGGAGUGGAGGUGCUGAAGAACGAACCAUACGAGAAAGAUGGCGAGAAAGGCCAGUACACACACAAAAUCUACCACCUGCAGAGUAAAGUUCCAUCUUUUGUGCGAAUGCUGGCACCAGCAUCAGCUCUUAACAUCCACGAGAAAGCCUGGAAUGCCUACCCAUACUGCCGCACAGUCAUCACGAACGAGUACAUGAAAGAGAAUUUCCUCAUCAAGAUAGAGACAUGGCAUAAACCUGACAUGGGCCAUCAGGAGAACGUUCAUGGUCUGGAUCCUGACACCUGGAAGAAGGUGGAUGUAGUGUAUAUCGACAUCGCUGACAGAAGUCAGGUAGAACUCAAGGAUUACAAACCAGAGGAAGACCCCUCCAAGUACAAAUCCAUCAAGACCGGCCGAGGGCCCCUGGGACCUGACUGGAAGAAGGAGCUCCCCAAAAAGACAGACUGUCCGCACAUGUGUGCCUACAAACUGGUUACAGUCAAGUUCAAGUGGUGGGGGCUGCAAAAUAAAGUGGAGAACUUCAUUCAGAAGCAAGAGAAGCGUUUGUUCACUAAUUUUCACCGGCAGCUUUUCUGCUGGAUUGAUAAUUGGAUCGAACUGAACAUGGAGGACAUUCGCAGGAUGGAGGAGGAGACCAGGAAGGAGCUGGAUGAGAUGAGAGUGAAGGACCCAGUAAAAGGGAUGGUGGCUCUAGAAGACUGAAGACUCAGUGUAUAGAUCAAGUGUGCUGCUGUUUGUGUUGGUGUGUAAACGGAGGUGCCGGCCGCAUUGCCGUAUUGUGAACCUAUAGGCUCCCCUGUUGUCGCUCAUUAGAUUAAAACCUUGAACUAUUCAUCAUAAAUGACUACUUAAUUACUGAUACUGGCCUCUGAAAGAGUUUUUAAAUCUGUCCCUCAGCUUUUGUAUUUUAGAUCCUGUUUUAGGAUAAUCCAUGUCUUGUCAUUAAUAAUCUCUCUCUCUCUCUCUUCGUCUUUCUCAAUUCUCUAUUAGUACUAUGACUGGACACCAGCAUCAUUCUUCAAAUUGGAAAAAAAACUUAGAAACAUUUCCAAACCAUCUUCGGUAUGUGUUUAAUACUGGCCAUUCCAAAAGCCCUCCACCUCCAUAAUGGAGCAUGAGGAAGCAAGCCAGUGUAGUAAAUGAUGAAUAGUACAGAUAAGCAUCUAUUCCCAUCACCCCAUCACUAAAAGCGAUACAGGGACAUCACCUGUAGCAACGUGUAGGUCUUUAACUAUGUCCAUUGUUAGAAAAGCUGACAAAUGACAGAAAUUUUAUGAUUAUUUCUACGUAAAAUCAGAUGUUUCUGUAUAUAUUCCGUAUAUAUAUAAAAAAUAUAUAUAUAGAGGGAGGUAUGUUGUUGUGAGAGCUGUGUACACAGGUUUUUUUCAAUGACUAUGGUCAUUCUUUAACGUCUUUUUCGCGGACCAAGCCGACUCUCCUCCAUGUUCUGUUUUGAACUUGUGAUCGUUGUUAUCGUUAUCAUCUUUUUUUUUUCUUUUUCAUUGUUUUCUAUGUUUUUCUCAUUUCUGGUGCAUUUCCACAUUAAAGUAAAUGAACUGGCAGCUGAUAGUUGGUGUAUGGAGAGGAGUCGGCAGGCUGGAGGUCGACAGUAAAGCAAGGAAAGAAAGAACAUUGUGCUCAUUGUUCUGUGCCUUCCUGAGCUGCAGAACUCCCUGCAGGGUUACCAACAUGUCCUCCGUCUCUCAGAGCGAGUAUUGAUCCGUGCGCCAUGUUUUUUUUCUUGUUUGAUCGCUCGUACUUUUCUAGCUCGUGUUUAUGGUGUAGAGUUUUAUUUUGAACACACCUUGUCUGUCUUCUGUGUGCAGUAACUGCUUAGUCAUCCUCCUGUGCUCCAGCUUUUCUGUCUCCGUUGUGUCAAGUCCUCUGUGUUUCUGACUGUGUGUUAUCAGGAGUGUUCAAGACAGAUGAGGGCAGCUCAGAAAAUGAAGUAUAUUGUUAUGCAGUGCUGUGCACAAGUCAGAGACUUAAUAAGCCUUUUUGUUUAUCCAGUUUCCAGUCAAAUCAAACAUUAUGUACAAGUUAUUCAGUUUUCAGUGUCAGGAAAAAUUACACAAGCCUCCAACACUAAUUAUAAUAUUAAAUCUGUCUGUAUUUAAUUUAUCCACUAUUUGCCUUUGUGCACUCUACUGCCAUUUUAACUCUUAAAACCAGCAAAUUACAGCUGCAUCCUCCCAACAAAAGCUGUUCCCAAAAGAGUCAUUGAUAGUCACAUAAGUAACUACCCAAGCACACCUUAGCUGCCUUGCAGAUUUUCUCAAAAUUCUCAUGUGCAUCUAAAAUGGUUGAAGGAGACAUAAUAAUAAGAUAAUCCACUUGGAUAAGAAAGGGAAAAGUCAAAGUAACGUGUUAAAAAAUUGUCCAAAAUUGUAGUUAAAAAAAUCAUAGGGAGAAAAUAUAUAGAGAAAAAAAGAUAUAGAGAAAAUAGGACUCCUAACAACUGUGCAAGACCUGGUAGACCACCUAUACUGUCACCAUCAGAUAAACAGUACCUAUAGCUUUCAGCUUUGAGAGGGAGGAGAAAAUGAAGCUCCAUUCUUCCUUCAGAUCUGAAAAAAUCCACUGGUGCUUCUGUCCAUUCUUCUGGCCACCCAUAAGGCAUUACUGAGAAAAAGAAAUAGACAGAUAAGAAGAAAAUUUGCACUAGAACAUCAAAACUGAGCAUCUGAGAUCUUGAGUAAAGUUCUAUGGACUGAUGAGUCUAAUGUGUAAGAGAGAUUACUUUGGAUCAUGAGAAGCAGAAAAUGCAACCAACUUGUAAGACUGAACUUUAUCCCUUACAUAAUGGAUGCUGUAAUAUCGGAAAAAAGAGGACACAGUAAAUACUGAAACUUUUGAUAUUUAGUUGUUGAGGUUUCUGUGUAAUAUUUUUUAUUAAACAUUUUCGUUUUUUUUGGCUGAUGCUCUACUGUAAAGUGACUGGAAAUUCAACAAAAGAAAAGUUAGUCUUUUAUUUUUGCACAGUACUGCAUGUAUAAUAGAAAGUGUAAAAGCUAGAAAGUAUGUUCUAAACAUAAACUAUGAAUAUAUUGCAUUAUAAUUUCAGUAUAUUACGUUUUGUAUGGGCUAGGCCUCUAUAUGCUUUCCCAGCUUGAGGGAUUAGUGAAUUGCGUGUGCCUCCUUUGUCCAUCAGCUGCUUCAUUUUCAGAGUACUACUUCUACUAAAAGUCAUUGAAGAAAGUCAGACGAUUUAACGGAGCAAGAUGUUUUUCUUUCUCAUUUCUUCUUUCAUUUUUUUGUCCCAUCUAUCGUGGUGCUUUCAGAGUAAUGCCCAUUAAUAAUGUUAAUGUUACUUGCAAGCAGGUUUUUGUCCUCUUUAGUCCUGGCUUUGUCUUUACUGGAGGAUUUGUUCAGUGCUGUGCCCUCCCAUUCUCACACACUUCUAACAAAUAAAGGGAACUUUUAUCCCGA